GCGGCCAGUGAGGGGUUAAUGAGUGUCCCCUCCCUGUGCUCGGUCUCUCUCCCCAUGCGGAAGUGUGCAGCGCCGAGACAAUGACCGGGGAGCGCACGGCGCCGUGCAUGUAAGCAGCAGCAGCAGCCGCCAUGGCGGGCAGUGACACGUGGAGGGCCACCCUGCGCACCUACUACUGCAUCAAGUUCUCCCUGUCCUUCUACUCCACGCUGUUCUCGCUAAUAGGCCUCUUGAUCUUGUGCAUCGGAAUAUACGCAGAGAGUGAACGGCGGAAGCAUCAGACUUUGGAAGGGAUAUUUCUGGCUCCAGCAAUCAUCCUGCUUCUCCUGGGCAUCCUGAUGUUCGUGGUCUCCUUUAUUGGGAUGGUUGGUUCUCUAAGAGAUAAUUUACUGCUUCUCAAAAUUUUCUUCUGGGUGUUGCUGAGCAUUUUCUUUGUUGAGAUUCUCCUGAUUGUCAUUGAACUGGUGUUUGAAACUGAGAUGAAGAAAUUUGCACAUGCAAAUAUACUGGUUGGAUUGAAACAAUAUUAUGACGACUUGGAUUUUAAGAACAUUAUGGAUUUUGUGCAAGAAAAGUUUUCAUGCUGUGGAGGAGACCAGUUUACAGACUGGAAGGUGAAUCCAUAUCAUUCAUGCAACAGCACCGGUCCUCUAUCCUGUGGGGUGCCAUACACAUGCUGUAUAACCGGAACGGGCACUGGUGGAGUGAAAAAUACUCUUUGUGGUUACCAAACCCUCGAUAAAGAGAGACUUGACGUUGUGAAUAUCAUCCAUGUCCGCGGAUGCAUCCAUGCUGUGGGCUUGUGGUUAAAUGAUAAUUUUGGAAUUACAUUUGGCCUAGUAGCGGCAGUUCUGGCCCCUCAGGCUCUAGGCAUUGGAUUGUCUUAUCUGUUUUGGACAAAACUCAAAGACCUUUGUGCUUAUGAUGAGACUGACUUCAGAUUCCUGAAAAUAAAAGACUUUAACUUCAAGGACCUUGACUUGAGUGGAGCUGGGUGCUGUCUCUGCUUACCACGAGAGGGAGGCUACCUCCCAGUCAAUACGGAUAGUGAUGAUGACAGAACAAGCUAGAGGAUCAUCCAGCCUAUCCUCAUCCCUCUCAGAACUGCCUCACACACAGCAGUGACAUUUUAAGGCAUUGUCCUUGAACUGAGAGUGGUUACCUGUUUUAUUCCCAGAAACAGCGCCACUCUUGCCUGUGUCUGGUACUGCAGCUGAGCCCUAUUC